AUGGCGCUGCUCCAUCGGUACACGAAAGACAAUUCCAUGGUCCCAGAGCCCUUCCUCUGGCGUUUACUCGAAAGCAUGGCAUACGCGUGCUUAGCCAUGCAGCAAGGUGCCACGGACGCAGCAGUCGACGGCUGGCGGCAGAUCAUUCACCGUGAUCUCAAGUCUGAUAACGUAUUUCUUGCGAGUGAGAAUGGAUCGCACUAUCCCCAACCCAAAAUUGCAGACUUUGAAUUUGCCUACGAAACCACAGCAGAUGAUCCGUUCAAUCCGAUUAUGUGGAGAGCGCAAGGCGUCGGAUGCCUUAAUUGCCAAGCUCCAGAAACACAUGGAGCCGUCAGCGAAGACCUGGAAAACAGCAAGGUGUUGUCACCUGCAAAUGUCUGGUGCAUUGGCAUCACCUUGUGGCACCUAAUGAACGACGGCAUGUACAAAGUUGAAGUUAACCAACAGUGGGAGGAAGACGAUUAUGUCAUGAGAAAUCCGUGGGGCGAGAAUCCAGAGAAUUAUUACAGCCAGCCUCUGCUGACAGCCGUCACAAAUUGUCUUACCUAUUCCCCGGAGUGGAGAGUCACACCACAAGGAAUUCUCGAUUUCAUUGAAUCCAGUGCUGGAGAUGAUCAAGCUGGACCGUGUAUUGCUGCUCGCAAUGCUGUCUCCGAGAACGAUGCGGGUUUCAACCAGCAACAAUGGGCGUAUCGUGGCGUUCAGGAUCCUGUGACAAGGGCGUGGGCGGAUGUGUUGGGCGAUCGAGAACAAUUUGAGCAGCAGCAAGCAGCCGCACGAGAAGCCGCACAAGCAGCCGCGGCCGCGGUCGAAAGCGAACUUGAUUCGGCUUCGAGUGAAGGGGAGGGAGAACAGCCACCUCCACCACCACCAGGCUACUUUGGAGGUGGACCACCGAUGCCCGCCCUUAGGCCCAUGACAGCUGAAGACAUGCUCCCUUCAUCUGAGGGUGAUGGUGAAAGUGACUAG